ACUGACACUGCACGCCGACUUUUCUUGUAAAGGAUAUUAAGUGACUUUUUUAUUUCUUUCAAGAAGGAUCAUUCCUCGUGACAUUAAUAAUGUGCAGAGGCUGCCACUGGUUUAAAACCUGUCAACCUUGAAAGGGGAGGUCGGUCCAGAACUCCUCGGUGCCGGCAGCUUUUGCGGCGCAAACCGGAUCUCACGUCCAACCCAGAGACUUUUUUUUUUUUUUUUUUGCUGCAUUUACGACGAUCUGAGCGUGACUUCUUUGGCGCUGAGUGGAGGCAACCCUCCUCUCUUUCUCUCCCCACCUCUCUCGCUCUCUCUCUCUUUUGUCAUUUUCUCUCUCCCGCCUCCCCUCCCUGUCUGUCUUUCUCUUUUCUUUUCGCGGGUUCAGCACAGGCUGCCCAGUCCGUUAGCCCCCUUUUUUCUGCUCCGGGGAAGCUGAUAGCGAUGGGUCGUCUCGGUUUCAGCACCACGGAAAGCGCCCGACUUUUGCUGUUCACUGUGUUUGGUGUGCUGGCGCUGUCCGUGGUGCUGGCUGAGCAGGAAGGCGAAAACCUAUCAGGUCUCUCCAACAACCCAGACAAAGCCAUCUUCGCGGUUCGGGAGAACGGCACAACAUGUCUCAUGGUGGAGUUCGCCGUGAAAUUCCUCGUGCCAUAUGACGUGCUCGCUCUCAACGGGAUAGACCUGAUCACCGAACAGACGUCUUUCACUCUGCCCCGCGGCGCAGAAAUCGAGGGGAAAUGUGGGAGCACCGAGUCAGAGAUCCAUAUAAGCUGGAAGAACAACGCCUACAUCCUGCGCAUCUACUUUUCCAAGGAAUUCCGCGACAAGGGCAUUGAGGUGUGGAAGAUUAGCAAGGUCCAGUUCGUCUACGACACCUCGGAGACAUCGCAUUUCAUCAACGCAUACAACCCUGGGAAGCACACAGCCAGCACCCACCGGCUGUCGGCCCUGGUGACCCCUGCCGGGCGCUCCUAUGUGUGCACAGCACAGCAGACCCUCACUCUUAUCUCAAGUGACCACCAGAAGGGCAUCACUGUCUCCAUGUAUGACAUCCAGAUCCAGCCCUUUGACAUCACGUCUGACUUCAUGUUCAGUGAACCCUACCAAUGCAUCACUGACCAGCGGGAGCGCCUGGAGGAGACCCUCCCCCUCAUCUUGGGCCUCAUUCUGGGCCUAAUAAUUAUCAUCACACUCACAAUCUACCACUUUCACCUCAAGCUGACGGCGAAUCAGCCCCAGCUCCCCAGAGAUCGCUCCAUGUACAAGAACAUGUAGUCAUGUGACACAGCAGUGGUUCCCCUCAGCCCUCUCCAAAGCUAACCUGAUGAAAGACUUGUCUCCUUGAUAUUCCAGGCCUCUAACACCGCAGAGAAUUGUGACCCUCCACUGGGCUGAACCCCAACUGACAAACAUGUGUAGCGUGUACUGCCCACAAGAACUUUUGAAAAGCUGAAACACGAAUUAAUGGGACAGUUUGGGGGCCUGUCAUGGAUUUAGUUGAAGGGUAAAGCCACCUAAAACCCAAUAAUUUCCCUGGUUACUGAAUUAAAUCUUAGUGCCAUAUAUAGUCUGCUUAGAGUUUUAAUUAAAUAAGAAAAAAUGAGAAGCUUUUAUGAAAAGAAUUAAUUUUAUUCAGAUAACUCUAUGUUAUAGGUUUUUUUUAUCCAUAACAUCACUGGAUCAUAAUUUUAUUCAACUUGUCUGAAAUUCCUGCUUCUGCUGCCAUUUACCAUCAUUUCCCUUUCUCCUUCUAAAAUGUCCGAUAAAUUAUUUCAGUACCCGCUGUAUAAGCCUGUAUAAGCUUACCUUCAUAUAUUUCUUUAAGCCAGUCCUCCUAUUAUUACAUUUUGAAUGCAACCAUAGUGUUGACAGUCUUGUAGUGUGCAGUGCAGUCACAUUCAGAGUUUUUGCUUUGACAAUUAUUUUCUCCACACCGACGUACAAAACAUAUCAAGAAGAAGAACGAAAUGCAUUGACCCGAUACAAACUAUGUACUAAAUAGAGAGGAAUUUCACAGAAUGACGAGAAGUGUGUUUAUGAAAAUGAGGUUACUAAAGAAAAUAUAUAUAUAUAUAUGUCAGUUAUUUUCAGAAUCAAAUUCUAUGCAUAAACUUCUGCUGAUGCAAUCCUGUGCCGUAUUCUUCUGUUUUGUUUUAAAUAAAUUGCUGGACUCAUG